CAAUUUAGCUCACUAGCUAACCUUGAAGGGCACCAUGUCUUCCUCAGAGAAGCCUGAAUCGGCAUAUAGCUCAGCUCCGGCUGGCAAGGAUUUCUUUACAUUCGAUGUUAUCCUGAGAUUUCUGUUGUUUGCAUCAUCGUUGGUGGCGGUUGUGGUCAUAGCCACCGGUGACCAAACAGAGAUGGUAGGGCCUAGGGAACGGGAAGCCAACUUCAAGAACUCACCAGCUUUCAUAUAUUUUCUGGUUGCAUUCUCUGUUUCUGGCCUCUACAGUAUCGUUACAUUUCUGGCAUCAAUUUCUGUCCUCCGGAAACCAGACCUCAAAUUGAAGUUCCUCCUCCACUUUCUAUUCUGGGAUGCGCUGAUACUGGGGAUCAUAGCAUCAGCAACAGGAACAGCUGGAGGUGUGGCAUACGUAGGUUUAAAAGGAAACAGUCAUGUGAACUGGGGUAAGAUUUGCAAUGUCUACGACAAGUUCUGCAGACACAUUGCUGGUUCUCUUGCAGUGGCUUUGUUUGGGAGCGUUGUCACUGUCUUGCUUAUCUGGCUUUCCGCUUACAGCCUUCAUUCCCGUGUCCCCAAGUAGAAUCUAAAUAAUCAUUGAUCCAGCUUAUUACAUAUGCUCUCAGUUACAGGGUGACAUCGUUCACAAAGUUAUUGUGCAUAACAAUUAAGUGUUUCCAUGUGUCAAAAACUUCUGUGGCUGUAUGUAUUGUUGCAGAUGUGUUGGUUAUUUGUAUAUGACAGUAUCCUUCAGGGAACCCGGUUGUAAUUAUCAUUAUCCUCUGUUGUAAAUGAUUCGGAGUUAUUCUUCCCAACAAAAUAACUGUGAUUUAACUUAA